AUGCACUGUGAGGUGGAGAUGGUGGCUAGGCAUUUGGUUAUAGGAAUAUGGAGUUCAGGGAAGAGGUCUAGUCUCAACAGAGAGAUUUUGGAGUCCAGAAUUGUUGAUCCUACUAUGGCUGCAUCACUAAGGAAAGCUUCUGCCAAUCUGGAAGUUCUGGAGGCCAGAGAUGAGGGAAAGAAGAAAUCUAAAUUUAAAGCCUUCAAGAAUUUUUUUGGCAAGAAGAAGAGAAAAGAGCCUGAAGGUAUCCAGAGAAGAGGAAGCAGCUUGAAACCAAGCUCGUCCAACAGCAGCAUCAACAGCUCUUCUCUGAAUCUGGUUCAGGAAGGUCAACAAUCUACAUUUAGGGUCAGGGGAAACAUGAGCAAAUCCCUGUCCCAUGAAAGCGUCUUCAGGUCGAAGUCUGAGCUUGAAAGCCCAGAACGUAAAAUAUACCCCUCUCCAGAGCCCCAGAGUGGCAGAUCUCUGAAGAGAGCUCAUAUUUCCAGAACUCUGUCUAUCACUAGUAGUGUGCAUAGACCUGUUUCUGGAACUCUGCUUGGAGUUAUACCCCAUUACGUGCACAGAAGUGGAAUCUGGAUUGGAGGCUCCAAGAUCACUGAGAUUCCACCACUGCGCUCAUGCCAGUCCAUCAACCCAACCCGGAUACGAUCUGACACAAUCCCUAAGGACUUUGAAGAAAUCUCUGCUGCUGCUGCUGAGUCACCUAAGACCCCACAAAAGGCUUUUCCACCGAUGUUGAAAACGGAGAAGAGCUCCUUUGAGCCCUCAUCUAUACCCAUGCGUGCACAGUCCUUGACAACAUUUGCCACGCUCACCUCUCCCAGCAGUCCCCAGCUAUCCGUUAGUUUCAGCACCCCAGCUACCACCCAGGGCUGUUUGGAUUCUUCAGCUGCUCGACACAAGAUGGCUUUAAACCCCCGAAAACAAAAGAAGUACCUUCAAGCGACUAUGAAGCCAAAGCAGGAGGAGCCAGGCCUCCCACUGGUUUCUGAAGAGAAAACCAAACCAAAAGCAGUUACCCAAAAGAAGCUCAAAGACAGUGCAGGUCCCUCAAGUCAGGAACAGAGCAUCAAAACUGAGAUUUAUAAGACAACAGACCAGGCUGCAAAUGCAGAUGCUGUUGUGAGUCCGGGCUACUCAUGGCCAGCAGCAUAUAGGAGACGGUGUGGAAAAAAAGAAUCAAGUGCUUCAGAAAAGAAUGAGUGUGCAUCCAAAGGAUGGAGCUUUAUACAACUUAGUCGAAGGCCUAGCUUAGGUAAUAGAGCUGGGUACUCAUCUGCUGACAAGAUUGCCAGGGAUAGCCCUUUCUGGCGCUUUUCCUUGGAGAGACAAGUCAUGAAGCAGCCCAGAGCUCCACAAGUAGAAACCACUACUCCUCAUGAGUUGCUUUCAGAUGAAAAUGACAUGAGAAGGAGAAUGGCUGGUUUAGAUUUUAAAACAAGAAAAGCAUCAUUAUCAUAUCUCAGACCUAAAGACAUGAAAGAGUCCAUGGCUAGUGGUCCAUCACAAUGCCACGAAGAUGGAACUAAGAAGUCAGAAACCAUAACUUCUCUUUCAUCAGUGGUGGAAAACCCUUAUACAAGCCAAGAAGUUAUCAUGUUUUCAGCGACAGAGAAGGCUCAGGUGCAUAUGGAUCCUUCUCAUAUUCAGUCAGAAGAGGAUGCUUCCAGCUUUGAUUCAAAAAAUGACCAAUUUGAAAUGAAGUCAGCUCAAGAUAACUCAACUAUCUGCAAAGAAACACCUUCUGAAAAUGUCAUCCAGGCCUUUCCAGCAAGUGUUUUGGAUAUGGCAAGUGCUUUGCCAGAGGGAGGAAUUUCUGUAAAGAGGCUGCCUCCCAGAAGCCUUUCCCAAUCUUUGGAGAAGCCAGAAGCUGAAGAAGUCUCCUCAUAUUCAGACAUUGUUUCAGGGGAGGGCAAAGGUUCUGAACAGAAGCUGGAUCCUGAAUAUUCUUUCCAGUCCAUGAUGAAGUCCAAAGAUGAUCAAGAAACCUUGCCAGAUUCUAACAGUUUUCUUGGGAACUUAUGCAGUUCUCAUGAGCAGCUGGCUCCCAGAUAUGCUUCCCAGGCUUUGGAGGAGCCUGAAGACAAAGUGCCCACAGAAUCAAAUAGGAAUUCUGAAAAAUACAGUAAUCCUAAUGAUUGGAGCAAUUCUGAGGAAGAUAUGCCUCCCAAACAUCCUUCCCCAGUCUUGGGGAUGCCCACAGCCCAACAGGAAAUCUCAGUUUCAAAGAAUACACUUGAGGAGGAGUUGGUUGUAUCUGUGGAGCAGACUCCUCCCAGACACCUUCCUCAGCCCUCUGUGAAGCCAUCUGUUCAGCAGCAACUCGCCUCAGGUUCAGCAAAUGUUUUUUCAGAUUGGGUGUCAACGCCUCCCAUGAACUUUUUCCAUCACUGGCUGAACCCUAAAUCCGAGGAAGAAGCCUCUGCAGGUCCAGACAGCACAGCUGUUAAGGGGAGCAUUUCUAUGGAGCCUCCUUUUCCUAACAUUUUUGCCCAGCCCAUAAUGAACCCAAAAGUUGAACAAAAUGUGUUCUUAGGUUCAGAGGGUGCUGAUAAGGCCAUUUUAAUGGAGAUAACACUCCCUGAAUGCUCAACAAAUCCUCAAGACCAGCAUGUCUUCUCAGAGAACACUGCUGGUAAUAAGGACAUGUUUGUGGAACCCCUGCCUCCAGACUACCCUGUCCAGACAUUGGCAAAACUUAACUUCCAGCCACAGACUAUUUCCAGCAACCCAGCGAGUGCUUCCACAGAAUGGAGCGAUCCUGUGGAGCUGAUGCCUCCCAGACACACAAUGGGCUCCUGGGUGAGCACCAGCUUUGAACAACCCUCUGCAAGUCCAGAGAGCACUGCUGUGGAGUGGGGAAACCCUACAGAGCCACUGCUUCCCAAAAUGCCUUCUCAGUCCCUAAGGAGACCAGUUGCUGAGCAAGAAGUCUUCUCAGGUUCAAUGAGCGCUUCUGAAGAAUGGAGUGGUCUUGUGCAGCUGAAGUCUUCUCUAUACACUUUGCAGCACUGGGUAAGCCCUAAAUUUGAGCAACAAACCAAUGCAGGUCCAGAGCCUUCACAGUGUUGCAUGAAAUCAGUAGUCAAACAACCAAUCUCUGCAGGUCUAAAGAGUGUUGCCAUUGAGGGGGACACUUCUACAGAGAUGCUGCCUCCCAGACAUUGGUCCAUUGUGAGACAUAAAAUCCAGAAAAUGAUGCCAACUUCUGAGAAUGCUGUUGUUGGGUGCAUUUCUGAGAGGCCACUGCCUAUCGAAUAUCCCACCCACUUCUCAAAGCCUAGCAUUCAAGAAAUAUCCUUACAUCCAGAGAACACUGCUGUUGAAGGAGGCAUGUCUAAGAAAUCACUACAUCCCAAGUGUCCUCAGUCAUUUGUGAAAUUUAUGGCACAGCAUGUCUUUUCAGAGAUCCCUAAUAUGGAGGAGCAGGUUUAUGUGGAUCCUCUGUCUUCUAAUCAACCUUCCAAAUAUUUGUUGAAGCCUACAGUUGAGCACCAAGUUUUCUCAGGUUGUGAGAGUGCUGAUAUCGAGGGAGACAUUUCUUCAAAGCUGGUGCCUGCAAAAUGCCCUUUACAGCCCUCGGGGAGGCUUGAAGACCCACAAGGAGUUUUCUUAUAUUCAGAAAAUGCUCCUGUUAAGUGUAGCUAUCCCCAAGAGCAGCUGCAUUCUGGAUACCUUUCCGAGGCAUGGGGGAAGCUUAAGUAUGAGCAAGAAGUCUCCACAGUUUCUGAGAGCUCUCUUAAAGAAUGGAAGAGUUCUGAAGAGCAGCUGCCUUCCAGAUGCCCUAUCCAAGCUGAGGAUGGGGCUGAAUUCCAGCCACAGAUGUCCUCAUCAGGCUCAGUCAGUGUAUCUGUAGAGAGGAGCAGUGCUGAGAAUCGGCUGCCUCCCAGACACCCUUUUCAGGCUUUUGCAGACCCUCAAUAUAAGCAACAAGUUUAUUCAAGUUCCAUGAGUACUGCUGCCAAGGGAAUCAUUGUUGAGAGCAAUCCUAGCAGCCAGGCCCUCCCAAGAGGUCCAGUUUCUCCAAGCAAAACUAGGGGACACAGCCAAGACUCUGAAGACCUCUUUGAGAACAUUUCGACUCCUGAUACCAAAUCUGUGAAGUUCGCCCUUGCUUCUGCCUGGCCACCAUCCACUUCUGGGGACACUUACACUAAGGAGGAUGUUCUUGAGAGUAGUGAUCAAAAUAACGACUAUUCAAAUUUAUCCAACAGUGAGGCUUAUGUUGAAAACCUCUUUGGAAUUCGACUGAAGAGAAUCCCUUCCUUAGAGAAGUACAAGAGUGAGGAACAAAACCAUUCUACCAAGCUUCCUUCACUCUCCUUAGGCCCAGUUUCAUCUUACACAGACAGAGAACCACAAAUCAUAAGUGCUUCCCAAGGGCUCCUGGGCAUCUCCAAGAACCUUACCACAACAUCUGAUAUUGCAGAGAAGCAACAGAGCAAGCCCAAAUCUGACAGCAUGCUCAAGAAGAAACCUGAUUACAAGAUCCCAGGAAAGGCUCCUGGUAAACUAUCAGGUUAUGCCACCUUAGACCCAUCUUGGAUAACCAGGAUCAAGCAGAAGCAGAAGAAUUCCCCGACCCAGGUUCCUACGAAAGAGCUGAAUAGAGCUGGAGCAAAGGCUGACACUAAGGUGCCUAGAUAUGAGGGAGCUGACCUUGCAAAACAAAGCCAACAAAGAGAGAUUUCCACUUCCAAUGUCAAUAGACAGGAGAAGAAGGCAGAGAUGAAGUUACCUGACUCUAUCAAAGAAGUAGGAUAUGAAAAUGAGGAGAUAAUUCAAGUGCUUGCCAUGGGAAAAGAAACCAGAAAACCUUCAGCUCACCCAGCCAUGUUCCAAGAGCCAGAUGAGCCAAUCUGGUUCUCCAUGGCCAAGAAGAAAGCCAAAGCAUGGAGCCACAUAACAGAAACCAUGCAAUAAAUAGCUCCUGGGUGGAGCAUCAGCAUUUCAAAUGAUAAUUGCCAAGAGCUUUAUUAAUGCUAUGCACUGAAUUAUUUAGAUAUGUAACCAUUUUCUAAUAAGCAAAAAAGCCUUAUAAUAGGAAUUAAAGCUAAUAAUUAUGUGAGUGAGACAAAUGCCACAAAUGCCUAACGUUUAGUUCAGCCACUGCCAGCAUCUGAAAACCCAGCAUUUCCUCUAUAAAAACUAUGUAAAAUGUUUGCGGUACUAUAGAAUUUUGAAAUCUUUAACGUUGGACAAUGUGUUUUAGAAGGGCAAAAGCAAAAACAUUUUGUUGGAGCAACUAAGAUAGGGGUCAUUUCCCUUAAUCAAAAAAUUAAUUCUAGUGGAAAUGUCCAGAUCAUUUGGCCCAAGGAUUGGCUUUUAGGUUUAUGAGCCUAGUUAAGUGCUUUAGUUUUUGGUUGCUGCUCCAAGCUUUACCAAGACCCCUAGAAGAGGUGGUGGAAGUGAAAAUCCUGGGUCUCCAAGAAAAAUUUUGCACAGCCCAUCCCUCAGUCAGCCCAUUGCCCUUUAAAACACCUUCUUUGUAUACCUGGGAAAUCUCAAUGCCUGCAAUUUAUUCAGAGCUCUCUCUUUACACAUUCACCAUAUCAAUCUGUCACAGGUCUGGCAGCAGUGAGUACCUUCCUGUGAGGCAGAAUAUUUCUUGGAGAUUAUCAUGCUCCUCUGGAUGGUUAGUUCACCAGUCUUUGACUGCUUUCCCCAAUGCCACUGCGACCCUCUCCAGUUGCUCAGAAGUGUACUAGAUAUCAUAUAUAUCCUGUUUGUUGUUGCUGUUAAUCCUCAACCAAAGAUAUUUUCCAUUGAUUUUUUUAGAGAGAGUGAAAGGGGUGGGGGAGAAAGAGAGAAACAUCAAUCUGAGAGAGACACGUUGGCAGUUGCCUCCUGCAUACGCCCCUACCAGACCAGGGAUGGAGCCUGCAACCGAGGUACAUGCCCUUGACCGGAAUCCAGUCCGAGACCCUUCAUUCCAUGGGCAGACACUCUAUCCUCUGAGCCAAACUGGCUAGGCCCAUAUCCUAUUUUAUAAGCACUAAAGACCCUGUUGAAAUUCAAAAUUCUGUAGAUGCCAAAAUAUAUACUUUUAGUCAAAAUACCUUCCAUGAAGGAAGUCUGGGGCCACUGGAGAGAUGCCUUACCCCCUGGCUCCAGAUUGAAGGUGAAGACCCCUGCAUAGCCUAGUUUCUUUUCCCUUUCCCUCAGAAAUCUCUGUUUCACAAGAUUUUAGCCCAAAGCAAGACUGCCAUAGAACAGUUAAAUUUCUGGUAACUGGAAGCCUUGAGUGAUUAAAUCAGCCUCUUCCUGCCCUCUUUCCUGAAGACACACACCUCAAAAGUUUGACAGCCCUCACCUCCUCAGUGAGUGACUCACCCUUCCCUCCUAUUCCAUUCUCCAAAUAUACCAAACACUAAGGGGGAGCUCCAUUUGGAUGCCUGCACAGCACCUAGCUCAUUUUCUUAGGAGACCCAGAAGUGUCUUAUUAUAACUUUCACUGUGUCUGCCUCUACCACCUCAGGGCUACUUUGUUUAAAGAGAAAUGCAGGGAUAGAUACAACUGCACCUUUAAGUUCUGAGUGGGAUGUUGCUUCAUGGAAAAGAAAUUCAGAUGGGCAGUGAGAUGCUAGAGCUAAUUUCAAUGCUUUCAGUGCUUGGUUUUGCUGAUGGUAUAGUGUGACAUUGUAUAAUCAUAUGCUGGAUUUUGCAUUUUCCCUAUAAAACUAUUUUUCCUGGUAUUGUAUCUUUAUCCUUUUGAUAAUGUUAGGUUUUUGAUUGAUUUGCUUUGAUUUUCUUUGUAUUCCCAUAGUGAAUAGUUCAUUAAGAUAGAUACCCUUUACCCAGGUAAUCAUGUAGAUAAGUUGCUAUACCUCCCUUCCCCCUUUUCUCAGGGUGGACCACUAUUAGGUUAUUCUCACUCUAAGAACACUCCAUUAACAAUUUCUUUUCCACAGGUAAUAACAAAACUCUGUUUUAAAGUAGAUGCUAAGUUUUUUUUUAAUGCCUGUAGACACAUUUUGACAAGUUUUCAGUUUUUAGCAUUCUUGAUUUUGGCUAUAUGCAAAGCAAAUAAAAUAAAUAAAGCUUG